AUGGCUUCCGUCGUUUCAGUGUUUGCGUGCCGCAAUCAAACAACUGUUAUUUAUGCUAUUUUUGUAUGAACUUGUAGAUUUAUUGAUAUAUUUUCCGACGUAACUGCGUUGUUGUUCAUUUACUGUUCUAAAGGCUUUUGCUAUGCAUGCUGUCGGUACAAUCUUUACCAAUGCACUCCUUAUGGAUAGCAGCAGACUUUCUACUUUCGAUUUCUCGCGAGAUUCAUCUCGUUGAUUUCUUCAGAACCUGGUUACACAAUCUGUAUUUCGUCAAUCGUCAACCACAACGAGUAGCGACGAUUGCCAAUUAUAAAAUAAAAUGUAUAUAACGCGUGCUCUAAUUGGUCGAAACCCGUAUUUGGAUCAGGCCAUCAAAACACGGAAUACUUCGUGUUGUUAUUACUUUAUAAAACAAUUACUUUAUGUUUUCCGUGUUUGGAUGGCCUGACCCAAACACGCGGGAAUGUUGCGAGAGUUAAGAACAGCGCGCGCACCAUAAAGUAAUUGUAUAUUAUCAUUAGCUCUGGCUCAUUCCUCCCCGUUACGCAUCUCAUUCGCAAACUUGCAGAAUUUUAACGUACGUUUGAUUUGCAAAUUUGGACAGGAUAAAUUUUAACCCAGUGUGAUAAAAUGGAUUCAUUAGUAGCAUUUGUAAAGGCAUUAGCUCUUUAAAUACAUGUAGGACAUCCGGCUUCUCCCACUGCCCCCGUGGUUCAGACGUCCAUUGCUUACUCCUCACCAAAGCAUGAUGUUUUGUGGGCCGGGUUUUGUCCAAUCGGCAAACAGGAAAUUUGAACUUUGAUCCUUAGUAUAUAAUAAAAUUUUCUAUUUGCUGUUGAAGGCGUACAGGGUGUCUCAAAACACCAAAACUAUUGAAAUAACGUAUUGUUAGAAUUUGAAUGCCUUAGCACUAAGCUGAAUCAAAGAUGCGUAAAAUACUGACCGGGUGCAUAUAUUAUAAAUAUCACUUGUUAAGAAAUUAAAAUAUCUUUGUAGAGCUUUAAUUCUGCUCUUGGGAAUUAAAGCAGCUUCUUAAACAGUUUCUUUGUGCAUAAAAUUUACUUAUUUCAAGAUUUUAAAGCUAAAGAAGUUCUCAAGGCUAAGUAUGGGAUUAAAUAAGAGAUCAUUCAAGCUCAUGGUAAGCAAUUUAUGAAUUUACCAGUGAUAACGUCAGUUAACUUAAAUUAAAUUCAUGAGUUUUAACGACUGUUGAAUGUGAGUGUGAACUCAUUGGGAAAACUAGAUACUGCCGAGAUCUUAGUCAGAGAAACUCUAGACAAGUUGGCCCCAUAAAGGCAGAUCCGACCCGAACAGACUCAAAAUGGCAAGAGUGGGAGUUUGAUGACCUAUUGACAGCUUUACGAAAUUUUACUCUGAGAAACCCAAAAAAUGCAGGUAGCAUUGGGGACGAUGAAAAUGGACGGAGAUCUCCAAGGGGGGAGAAACAAUUCCAAGGGACUGAGAACAGGAACCCAAGUGUGUAUACUGCAAUUCUACUAACCACAGAUGUAGUGAUUGUGAUAAAGUGAAAGAUGUGAGUGAGAGGAGAGAUUUUCUAAGAAAGAAAAAACUUUGUUACAAUUGUAUGGGCUCAGGACAUGGGGCGGCAAGUUGCAGAAGUAGAAAUUGUAGGAAAUGUUGUGGAAAGCACCAUACAUCUAUUUGUUCAUCUAAAAGAAGAUUGGUGCGACCUUACAUGAUUGGUGCGACCAAGGAAACCAUACACCCAACCAUUGUUGUUGUGGCGGGUGGGGCGAAAUUCAGAGUAAUGCUUGACACAUGUGCUGGCAGUUCAUUUGUCUCAUCAACAGUCAUUAAUUAAACACUUAGGAAAUAGACCAACCAAGUGGGAGAACAAAAGCAUUGAAACAAUGACUGACACUGUCAAUCAAAAGAUGCCUUGCUACAAAGUCCACAGAUGGUGUAUCAAAGUUCUUUCGUAAAUUAUUUUAGAGGCACCCCCUACACCUAGUGUCUGUCUCUGGACAAAAUGGCUACUUAUUGGUGCAGUUACUCUUUCUUUCUUUCUAUUCUUUUUCCUUCCUUUUCCUUCUUUCCUUUCUUUUUCCUUCUUUUUUUUCUUUCCCCCAUUUUCUUCCUUCCCUUUUUUCUUUCUGCCAGCAUAAAAAACUUCUGGGACCAAUGGUCCCGUGGUCCGCUAUAUUUUCCACCCCUAAUUCUGUAAGAUAAUAUAUUAGAGGUGGAUACAUAGCAACGGCUGAAAGCCACGUGUGUGGCCGACAUACCACGCAUGAAUAGGGGGGUUUGGGGGCAUACUCCCCCAGAAAAUAUUUGAAAUUUGAAACCCAGAAACGCCAUUUCCUACAUUCUUAACAUCCAAAUUUGCUCUAAAAUUUAUGCUAACCAGUGGCGGAAAUUCCUUUUACCGGGGCGGGGGGCGAAGCUUCUAAAUUUCCGACAAAACAUUCAAAUUUCCGACAAACCCCCCCAUUUGCACUCGGAAAGGCUGUUUUUAGCCCUCUUAUACGUCAAAAUUUUCCGAAAAUUCGUCAUUUUCCACUAAGGUGGUGGGGAGCAGCCGUCCCCCCGCUCCACCAAGAUUUCCGCCACUGAUGCUAACUAUACUUGUAUUUGAAAUAAAAGAAGGAAAAAACACACAAAAAAUAAAAUAAUUAUUAACAAUAAUUUAUCAUUACUUGGUGGUGGAAAAACGUAACAAUUUAAAUAGAUUUUGUUAAUCAAGGACAAAGGAUAAAGCCUAAAACUUACUUUCCGUUUAUCUAAAAACUUACUUUCCGUUUAAAACUUACUUUCCGUUUAUCGUUAAAAGGACCUUUCCUGGGAGAAGGGGCAAAAUAUGAUUUGUCUUUGGGGGGGGGGGCACAAGGUGAGACUGGGGGGCAUUCCCUCUCCCCUACUUGUAUGUUAAAAAAGCCCUGAAAGGAAUUGUCACCCUUCGACAGACGAGAGUUCCAUUUGGAAGCGUAUCAAGUUCAUUCUUACUUGGGGGAACACUUAAUAGACAUCUGGAUAAUUGCCAGAAAGAUUACCCGGAUACAGUGGAGGAGCUUAAGAAUAUCACAUACGUGGACGAUGUGAUUUCUGGAGGUGAAACUAUCAAGAAGCUGCAAAAGUUCAAGGAAGAGUCUGUUGAACUAUUUAGCCAAGGAGGAUUCCCAUUACACAAGUGGCAUUCAAGUGACCCUCGGUUUGAGGAGCAGCAACCAGCGGAUGAAGACCAAACAUAUGCAAAGGAGGAGUUGGGUACAAAGCCAGCGGAAAAAAUUCUCGGGAUGAAGUGGGACAAAGCAAAAGACACUUUAGCAGUUGACUUUCGUGGGUGCAAGCAGACUGGAGAGGAUACGAAGCGUGGAAUGUUACAGUCAAUAGCUAGAGUCUACCCUUUAGGGGUAACCUCGCCGUUGAUGAUGGAUGCGAAGGAGAUUUAUCGGAAAACGUGCGAAGAGAAAUAUUCAUGGGACAUUCCUCUGCGAAAGGAGAUAGCAGAAUCAUGGACGAAAUGGCGGGAUGGUCUUUCUGAAGAAGUAAGCGUUCCAUGA